AAUUCUUCAAUUGACAAUCCACCCCCAGAUAUUGUCGACGAUGGCUACAGUCAAAGGCUUGAUAAGUUCGGUCGGGCAAUUGCAAACUCGACUAUUGCAACGAAUGGAUCCAUCUCCUGGAGAGAACAGAGGCGGCUGGUGAUUGGCGUGGAUUAUGGAUCGAACUCGAAUGGUGAGUGUUCAUUCUGUCGAAAUUCAUGAGUCGGGGCUGAUUAUUUUAUCGCAGUAUGUUACAAGGUACCCAAGCGCCGAAUCCCUAGUCCAACUACUCCUACCUUUGCGUUCAAGAAAUACAACGAUAGGGAUGACAAGAGAUCAUUCGAUAACGAGGUCCGAGCUUAUCAGACGCUUCAAAGAGGAGAACACCGAGGAACGCCCCCGGCACCUAUGUCACGGAGAAGAGACCAGUCAAUUCUUCCAAUGCCCCCGGUCAUUACGACGCGACCACGGAAUCUGCACCGGCACGCCUUUACGGACAUUACGCCUCCGAGGAAAUUGACAGAAGCCGAAUGCAAAGAGAAGCUGACUUCAUAUACUGCUUAUAGCAUCCGGAAAGCUCCAAGUCCAUUGUUUGAACACUUGUGGUCUAGAAGUGACUCGUCGAACAACGAAAAAUCGACGUCCUCUUUCUCCAGCUCAGCCGUAUCCAAGGCAACCCAAGGCGAUGAAAUCUUCCAAGAUGUAAGACGCUUUGUUGUUCUAAAAAAGGGUUCAUAUACCGUGGCCUUACCCAUCACCACCUACGCUAGCAAGGGACAUCGACAUGGCGACAUCAAUAUGAAGGAACACUGUAUCAUCUACAAUAACCGCAAACCGGAGGAAACCCCAGCUCCAACAACAGACAAAAUCCAGGGAUCUCAUUCCAAGUCUAUGAAUUGGGCACCGUUCGAGAGAAGCUCUUCACAUAACCAACAUUCUUCCGCAUUUGCUGCUGCUGGUGCCUGGAUGGAGGACUCAUAUUAUUCAUUCGGCUUGCGGCCGUCGCCAAGCUCUUCAAGUUCGAAUGGGGCUAAGAGAAAGCAUCAUUUUCCAUCUUAUCACAAUCACGACCCUGUUAAUUUCGACGACCAAGAUGUGCUCGAGACUCUUCAAAACGGCUGGGAAACUUUUCUUGGAUCAGGAACCGCAGGCGAUCGGCCCCGAUUAGGCAGAGAGGAAGUCGAAAUUCUCGAGGCAUCUUUCAAGAAGAAUCCAAAGCCAACUAUUCAGACGAAGCGUAGGUUUUCGGAGGAUAUGGGAAUUGAGUUAUCCAGGAUCAAUAACUGGUUCCAAAAUCGACGAGCAAAGCGAAAGCAGGAGAAGAAGUUUGAGGCACUCGCAGCCAGUGAAGGACCUUCACUCCACGAACUCCACUCGCCGCCAAACACUAUAUCCACCGAAAGUCAGGCUGGCUCUACAUCAAUCUUCAAGCCUUUGACUUCACUUUCUCCCACAUUCGAGCUCGUCCAAAUUGACGACACACAGUCAAUAGAUGAGGUUACUAUCAUCCAAUCCCACCCACUGGACUUCAUCGCGUCUCAAAAUCUACACUAAAGGAGGGAUAAAUUCGUAUGACUUGAUGUCAUCGAAGGUAAGGGAGUUUGGCGUUCGGGGGUGAUGAAUUGGGUGUUUCUUGUUCUUACUGCUAUUUAGUUUCAAGCUUUUCGAUGUCUUCGUGUUUUAUAUGCUUUAAGUUUAGCUGUCAAUUACGAUCUGUAUAUCAACGAUCCUUAACCACUGCAUCCUGUGCUCUCAUAAUGGGCUUCUGAAAUAC